AUGAGUCGCGGUAUUGGUGGGUGGCUGUCGUGUGCCACCGCCGGCACCCUGAUCCGCGGCCUCGGCUUCAACUCACGACGUACCAAACAGCUACUGUUCACGCUCUUCGUUGCACUCAAGUGGUUGCCGGAUCACUCCCAGGCUUUGGUCCUUAGUUGGUGUUGGACUGCCAUACAGUAUGCAUUGAGCACGCUCGUCAUCUUCCAAGUGGCCCGGUGCCUACUUGCUACGAGCAGUACUGCGAAAUGGACGGGCCAUGGGAGAGUCCUGCUGUUCCCCAGUAAAACGACUCACUCGAGAUUUUUCCCAAAGAAGCAUUCCUUUGACUACUCUUAUCUCGUCGUUGGCAUUCCCGUUGGCUGGGAAGGGGUCUGUGGAGGAAUAGUCUCACUGUCUUCCUCAGAGCAGCCAUGGUUUUCCAGACUCAGGAGAGGCUGGUUUCAUGUUGAUCCCGCAGAUUAUCUGCACCGGGGUGACAGGCAACUAGGCUUGCGAGGCAAGUUGGAUGUCUACUUGAGAUCGCAAAGGGCCGACCCGGCGGCUUAUCCUCAUGCGUACCUAGUUACGGCAGCCAGAUUCCUGGGAUAUCAUUUCAACCCAGCAUCCUUCUGGUAUCUUUACUCGGACGAUAUGUCACUGGCUGCAUUGGUUGUCGAGGUCAACAACACCUUUGACGAGCGGCGCAUGUACUUUCUGACGCCAACAGAAGCGGAACAUGGCGGUCGAAUCGAAGACUCGCAAGGCGCUGCUCGUGCAGAUGCCAACGGAUCGAGCACACCUGCGGUGUUCAAGCAGGAGUGGCCGAAGGACUUCCACGUGUCGCCUUUCAACUCACGAAAAGGCUCCUACAGCCUCCAGGCAUUUGACCCGCUGAAGUCCGUGGCGGAAGGCCGAGAAUGGCUCGAUACCACCAUAACUUUGAAGUCGUCCAAGGGACACGGCAAGAUCGUUGCACGGCUUGUCUCAACUGGCCAGCCGAUCGAUCCCUCGAACAUGACCAUCGCACAGAAAUGGCACUUCCUGCUGUCGUGGUGGUGGGUGGGAUUUGUCACCUUUCCCAGGAUCGUGAAGGAAGCCGCGAGUCUCUGGUUCAAGAGGAAGCUCCACGUGUGGUAUAGACCUGAGCCCCUGAAGGAAAGCAUGGGACGCAAUGCGGACUCCGCCGAACGGAAACUAGAACUUAUGUUCAGGAAAUACCUACGGAGCCUUGUUGAGCAGUGUCAGGCUCCCAUCGCUCUGAAGUAUGUCCCAUGCGGACUGGCCGACUCUGGCAGGGAGCUGAUGUUGUCGCCUGCCGCCAAAGACAAACAUGACGCAGAUGUUGACGAAAUGGAGUUCAAAGUCUUGACGCCAGUUUUCUACACAAGAUUUGUGUUCUACGCGCACGACCUUGAGGCGCUCUUCUCCGAACUGCGCGAAAGCUGCACAAUCUGGGUCUCACGCCCAGACCUCCUCCCAAAGAUACUAUUCAAGAAGCCUGCACCAGUGCUGGAGGCGAGGAACCCCAUGGAUUUUGUCUAUUACGAGGCCAUUAGGUAUAUGCGUCGACGACCGGACGCAAUUGUGCGACCACUGACAUCUAGCCAACCCCUGCAACAAGCCUCGCCAACUACUGCGGUGGAUAUCCGCGAUUUCCGGAUCUCGUCUAUGGACGCCUUUAUGCUACAGCAAGAGGAUGCGGACAUGCGCAAGCGGUACAGCAGUCUGGUUUUCAAAAUACUCGUGGCCGACAGACUGGCCUUCGGAAAUCUCCUGCUUGUUGACACGGCUCUGAUCGUGCUAAGGACGUGGCUGGCCUGGACCGUGACCUUUGCGUGUGAGGGCAAGACACGCAUGUUUGGGCUCGCCGCGGCCCUGUGGGCCUGUGGGUAUGAAUAG